UCUCAGUUCCUCCGGCUUCAAACACAGCUCUGCAUCACCCAGCUCCAUUUGGCUUCUUUAGAACUAAAUCACUUUUGACACACUGACAGGAAAAUAUUAUCCGUUUUUACGAACCACCCAUUCAAUUAACUUUUUAUUUUUUGCAGGUUUUUUUUCUUUUCUCGUUCUUUUUUUUGCCUGUCAGUUGCAUGUGGAUUCAAAACUAUCCGAAAAAGAGCCUGAAGACCACCAGCAUUAAAAAAAAAAACCUCUCUGAGUCAAAACACUUCUCCUGCUGCAAUCAGGCCGGGAUGCGGGUGGUCCUGAUUGUACACUGAUCUCAAAAUAGUUGAAUCAUCACCGGCAUCCUUUCUUUUGUCUCGGUAGCAUCCCUGUCUCUCCACUCAUAUUGUUUGUGGGAUGUAAAGACCCGCUGAAGUACUUUGGCUUGUUUUGGCAUUUUUUUCCCUCUCCAUAAAGGAAUUACGCUGUUUCGCCGGGAGGAGAGAUUAUGGCAAGAUUUUUGUUGAACAUAAGUCUCGUUUUGGUUUUGUUCGGAUUAUUUUUGCUCUCUUUUCCAUCUUCAAGAGCCGAGCCGGGGCUGCUGGAUGAAGAGGAGGAGGAGAGCUCCUGCCAGGGUGCUUUUGACCUGUACUUCGUGCUUGAUAAAUCUGGCAGUGUGAAGGAUCACUGGAAUGAAAUCUAUGAGUUUGUGAAGAACUUAGCAGAAAAAUUUAAAAGUCCUAUGCUGAGGAUGUCUUUCAUAACAUUUUCCUCAAGAGCGUCCAUCAUUUUGAAACUGACGGAAAACAGAGUCGACAUCACGAAGGGUUUGAACGCACUGAACAGAGAGGUUCCCGGUGGAGAUACCUUCAUGCACCUCGGAUUACAGCUUGCAAAUCAGCAGAUAAAGAAAGAGAACUUUGGUACUGCCAGUGUGAUUAUUGCUCUGACUGAUGGAGAGCUACAUGAGCAUCAGCUUAGAGAUGCACAACAUCAGGCGAAUGAAGCCAGAUCUCUGGGAGCUAUUGUGUACUGUGUUGGUGUCAAAGACUUCAACGAGACACAGCUGGCCACCAUUGCAGACACCAUUGAACAUGUGUUUCCUGUGUUGGGAGGCUUCCACGCCCUGCGGGGUGUCAUUGAUUCGAUCAUCAAGAAAUCCUGCAUUGAAAUUUUGGCAGCUGAGCCUUCCAGUGUUUGUGCAGGAGAGUCUUUUCAAGUGGUGGUUAAAGGGAAUGGGUUUCUCCAUGCAAGAAACAUUGACCAGGUGCUCUGCAGCUUCAAAAUCAAUGACACCAUCACCAUCAAUGAAAAGCCAGCUGAUGUAGAAGACACAUUCUUAUUGUGUCCAGCUCCUGUUAUCGAUGAAGUUGGAAAGGUGAUUUAUCUCCAAGUGAGCAUGAACGACGGUCUGUCCUUCAUCAGCAGCAACGUUCACAUCACCACCACAGAGUGUUUCGAUGGCAUCAUUCUCCUGAUCACCUUGCUGGCAUUGUUCCUCCUCCUUGCUCUGCUCUUCCUGUGGUGGUUCUGGCCGCUCUGCUGCACUGUGGUGAUCAAAGAGCCUCCUCCUCCACCUCCUCCUGAGCCUGAGUCAGAUGACGACGACGACGGUCUUCCCAAAAAGAAGUGGCCCACUGUGGAUGCCUCAUAUUAUGGAGGAAGAGGAAUUGGGGGAAUCAAGAGGAUGGAGGUGCGCUGGGGAGGGAAGGGUUCAACUGAGGAGGGGGCUAAGCUGGAAAAGCCAAAGAACGCUGUGGUGAAAAUGCCAGAGCAGGAGUACGAACCCUAUGAGCCAAAACCUAAGAAACCUCAGAACAAGAAGCCACCUCAGAGCCGGAAGUGGUACACGCCCAUCCGGGGGAAACUGGACGCCAUCUGGGCUCUGUUCCGCCGUGGGUAUGACCAGGUCUCUCUAAUGAGACCCCAGCCCGGUGAUCAUGGUCGAUGCAUAAACUUCACAAGAGUGAAAGAGGAGUCAGCGGCAGCCAAGGCCCCACCUCGUACCCCUAUCCACACCCCUUCGCCACCACCACCAGACUACCGCCCCAUAACUCGCACCACUCCACCAUCUACCACUGCCACCAGCCCCCCUGCCAGAUCUCCACCAUCAGGCCAGGUGCCCCCAGGACCACCGCCAUCACGCACUCCCCCAGGGCUUCCCUGUCCACCGCCAUCGCGUCCUCCCCCAAGCCUUCGACCCUAAAUCACACAGACAAACUCCUCCCACCUUACCAAUGCACCUGCUUUGAUAUCACAUUGAUAUUACCGUCCUGUUGACUAGUUCUUUCACUUUGAAGGUUGUGGUCCUCACUGCCAAAGUACUCCUACUAUAAGCCAAAGAUCAGCAGUAUAUUGAAUGCCAGUUGUUCUGUGUGCCACAUCUGGUAUGGGAUAGCAUAUCAAGUGAAACUGUUAGCUGACAAUUAAGCCAUUUUAAUACAGGAUAUCUAACUGAGCUCUGUAUGUAGUUUUUUAUGUGGCAAUUUAAGAUUGAACCUCCAAAAAAAUAAAAUAUAGUCACAUGAAAAAGUUUUCACAGGCCUCUGUGCAGUUCUGUGAAAAACAAAGUGCAACCCAGAAUUGUAGAACCACCAUUAGCAGCAAUAACAUGAAAAGAUGGAUGGAUGGAUAUUUAUGGCAUUGCUUAAGUUCACUUGACUCAGUGACUACAAGCUGUCCAGGUCCUUUAACUACAAAACAAGUUGAAAUCAUCACCCCUCCACCACAGUGCUUGACAGUUGGUAUUAGGAAG